AGGAACGCCCAUAUCAUAUUGAAUGGUGGCAGAAAGAGUUGGUGUAUUGAUAGCCACACUUUGAAUGGCAUUAGCUUUAAACAAAUGUCGUCUCGAUUUCUAACAGCAGUAUAAGUUAGGAACUACAUUGGUGACAUGUAUCCACUUCAUAAUGGCUCUGUUGGUUUUAAUAUACCUGUUUGUAUUUGUCUGUGCAACGUUAUCACAAGAAACUUACAUGACCUUUGUUAAACAUACAUUGAGAUGGGCUUGGCCAACACUACUCGGACCUGCGCGGUCAGUGAGGUCAAGACUAGACUGUGCUAUACAUUGUCUACAGAGCUUUCCCAGCAGUUGUCAUGGUUACCUAUAUAACGAAUCCACCAAGAUUUGUAAACCAAGUUCUGGACUAUCUCCUUAUUCUUCGCCAGAGCCCUCUGAUGGAGAUUUUUAUUUCAAUGAUUCCCAGAGUUCAUAUCCAGAUUUUAGACAUCACACCUUAUUGAAUGAAACACAGUCAGUGUCCGCCUAUGCUGGCUACUUCACUAAACCACUGACCUAUACAGAGGCUCAAGCAACAUGUCAGAGUAUGCAUUCCCAUUUGUUUGUAGCUAAGUCUGUCAUCAAAUAUUUCUUAUUUUUAAACAUUACUACUAAAGAAUACAGCGACUGGAUAGGAUUGGAUGAUCUAGCCAAUGAAGGUCGCUUUGUCUGGGCAGACGAUGGUCAAGAAAUUGAUGUAUACAUGAAGUCCUAUUUGUUUGUAUCUCCACAACCUGACGGCCAGAGAAAUGAAAACUGUGUCUAUAAGACAUCCAUCCACGACACAGUGAAAGCCCUGACUUUCAAUGAUGCUAACUGUAGCUUGACAUUCUCUUACGUUUGUGAAGUAGACCUGAGUUUAAUUUAGUCAGACUUGGGAAGAAAACACUAGACAAAGUUUUUAUCUUCUUAAUCUUGUCCACUAUCCUAUGCCUAGACAUUUUUUGGGUAUAUAUCUAGAGUUUUAUUUUAUUUUUUAAUCCGCUAGAUUUUUUACAAUAUUCUUUUUUUUCCAUUCGGGUGUCACCCCCCUAAUGGGUGUCACCCGGUGCGGACCGAACCACCCGUACUCCCCUAGUGACACCACUGCUACUGUGUUAUGUGCAUUGUCAUGUUUUUGUUUUUUAGAUGUCCCUGUAGAGAAAAGCUGAAGACUGGCUUUAUGUAGUUCUUCCAACUGUUACAUUUAGAUUUCACAACUCAAAAAGUUUCUUCAAAGCUGAUGCCCAACGUUUUUUUGGCAAUUUCUUUUCAUAAAAGGUUUUGAUUAUUCCUAAAAAUUAAGUGCAUUAGUCCUUAAAAUUAUACGUUACAGUUUUCCACAUUACCAACAAGACAAUGAGAUAUCUCUUAGAAUACAAGUCAAACAGAAAUACAAGUCAAACAGAAAUACAAGUCAAACAGAAAUACAAGUCAAACAGAAAUACAAGUCAAACAGAAAUACAAGUCAAACAGAAAUACAAGUCAAACAGAAAUACAAGUCAAACAGAAAUACAAGUCAAACAGAAAUACAAGUCAAACAGAAAUACAAAUCAAACAGAAAUACAAGUCAAACAGAAAUACAAGUCAAACAGAAAUACAAGUCAAACAGAUUCGCUUCUCUGUAGCUUCUUUCUUGUCAACUACAUUCCAAUACACAACUUUACAGCUCUAGUAGUAUCCAAUACACAACUUUUCAGUUCUAGUAAUAUCAAAUACACAACUUUACAGUUCUAGUAAUAUCAAAUACACAACUUUUCAGUUCUAGUAAUAUCAAAUACACAACUUUACAGCUCUAGUAGUAUCCAAUACACAACUUUUCAGUUGUAGUAAUAUCAAAUACACAACUUUACAGUUCUAGUAAUAUCAAAUACACAACUUUUCAGUUCUAGUAAUAUCAAAUACACAACUUUACAGCUCUAGUAGUAUCCAAUACACAACUUUUCAGUUCUAGUAAUAUCAAAUACACAACUUUACAGUUCUAGUAAUAUCAAAUACACAACUUUACAGUUCUAGUAAUAUCAAAUACACAACUUUUCAGUUCUAGUAAUAUCAAAUACACAACUUUACAGCUCUAGUAGUAUCCAAUACACAACUUUACAGUUCUAGUAAUAAAGGACUUUCCUAGUCUGGGUCUCUCUGGUUUACAAAACAAUCAAGUAUUUACUUCAGAAAUACACAGCUAUGCAUUGUGCGAGUGUUGGAGUUUUUGUUUUCUUCUUUCUUGUAUUGUCUGAAGAGGUUCUGUCUAGAAAUGUGUACAUACAAUGAGCCAAGUUUCGAGGGUAGGCGAGUGAGGGAGGAAGUCGCAUAGGAUGGAAUGUAUUUUUUGAGGAUUAAAAUUGUUGAGGUCCUCAGGUACUAGUGUCUUAAUAUAAAACUUAGAUCUGUGUUUAACAACUUUUUUGAUAGAACUAAGAACUAUAAAUCUGAAAUGAUCUCCAACGGUCAAGUAGAAACUUAUAGUAGUUCUCUUGAUACGAUCUGAUAGAUUACUAUUAGGCUUACACUACAAUAUACAAUCAUACAAUCAUUGGCUUGGACUGGUAUAAGAUCAAUGAAAGCUAUCUUGUCUCGAUGAUAAGCUAAGACUGAAUGAUAAGGAUACGCCAAUGCUACAAUAGCUAGUUAGGAGUGUAUGGUAAGGUUUAGGAAGAUUGGUGUCUUGAAAUAUAGGCACUGGAAUUUUAGGCAUCAGUAGUUUAGGCACCGAAAUUUAGGCACCGGUAAAUUGGGCACUUUUUAAUACAAAACUAUAACGAUUUCUAAUUGCAUUUUCAUGAUACAAAAAAAAAAAGUUGACAAAAUAAAAAAAAGGACAAUCAUGAAAACGCGGGGAAAAAAUGAAGAGUCUUUAUAUAAUAUAAACAUCACUGAAUUCUCAGGAGGGGAGGUAAAGAUGAUUCCCUGCUCAUUUCUUCACCUCCACCCCCAAAGUUAACGGCUGAUUUUUCGUAUUGAUAAUUACGCAUUUUGUCUAAAUAAUUUGUUAUUCUUUGAAAUACUUUAGAUUCUUUGUUAUAAAAAUAUUUAUUAUAUAUUAUGUCGCUACACAUCUCUAAUCUAAAAUUCAGCAACUUACAAAUCCUAAGUAAAUGUUAAGUCAAGUCAAAUGUCCAUAUCCUUUACUCAGUGUGUAUUCUUUCUACUCAUUACGUCAUAGUUACGACCAAGUUCAACAUCUACCCGUGAGAAAAUCCUCUCAUGUCAGUGGGAGUGCGCGGGGUGAGGGAGGUGG